UAUGGGGAGAAAGUGAGACGUUUCGUUGUCUUUGGAUGCCGUGCGGAAUAGUGUGUUUCUUGGUCCUAGAUUGACCGCACAGAACGGAUCUCAUAUUAUUUCUUCAAAGACAGAACAAUGGAUUGGAAAAUUUUGAAUUGAAAUGCAAAGCAAAUAUUGCUGGGAGACAUGGAUGCGACUGAUAUGCCGUGGACCGUCACCACCGAGUGGUAUGAGGACGGAAACGAGACAAUUGGGAAUCAAUUCCAACAAUCUAACUUGCAGGUGGCUCUCUGGGCCAUCGCCUACACUCUGAUCAUUCUCGUCUCGGUGACUGGGAACGUCACAGUGAUCUGGAUCAUCCUCGCUCACAGACGCAUGCGAACCGUCACCAACUACUUCAUAGUCAACCUGGCCUUCUCCGACGUGUCCAUGGCCACCUUCAACACGCUGUUUAACUUUGUCUACGCGCUGCACAACGAUUGGUACUUCGGGUUGGGCUACUGCCGAUUCCAGAACUUCUUCCCCAUCACCGCCAUGUUCUCUUCGAUUUACUCGAUGGCUGCCAUAGCGGUGGACAGAUACAUGGCGAUCAUCCAUCCGCUGAAGCCUCGCCUGUCCUCCACCUCCACCCGGGUGGUGGUCGCUCUGAUCUGGGUGGUGGCCGUGCUGCUGGCCUUCCCCCAGUGCUACUACAGCGUGACGGAGUUCUACUACCCCAGGACCGUGUGCCUGGUGAACUGGCCCGACGACUACGGAGGAACCCACCAGAUCAGCUACCAGCUGGCGUUGAUAUUGCUGAUCUACCUGUUCCCUCUGCUGGUGAUGCUGGUGACCUACAGCCUGGUGGGUCGAUCGCUGUGGGGUGGAGCCAUCCCCGGGGAGCCGUCCGACCAUUACCACCACCAGAUAACAGCCAAGCGAAAGGUGGUGAAAAUGAUGGUUGUCGUGGUGACAACCUUUGCCUUGUGCUGGCUCCCCUAUCACAUCUACUUCAUCCUAGGCUCCUUCAACAAAGACAUCUAUAAACAGCACUAUAUCCAACAGGUGUACCUGGCUAUAUUCUGGUUGGCUAUGAGCUCCACCAUGUACAACCCUAUCAUCUACUGCUGUCUGAACCAAAGGUUCCGUGCGGGGUUCCGCCAGGCGUUCUCCUGGUGUCCGUUCAUCCGGUUCUCAGAAGAGGACAAGACAGAGCUGCAGCACACCAACACCUUCAGGGUCACCAUGACACGCAGUUACCAUGGUGACAGCACGCGCAUGCACGGCCCCGGGACCACAGGCCCCGGGCCCCCCUUCAGCUCCCAGCACACCGGUCCGAAGGCACAACAGGCCCCGCUCAGGAGACACCCGGCCCCACAGAAAACAAACGGGCCCAACUUAGGGCCCGGGCUUCUGGAAAUGUCCUCCGGGGCUAAGCUGCUGGAGACCUGAGCGCAGCCAAUGGGGAAGAAGGAUUGAGGAUCCCGGCUGCUGGUAGCAAAUCAAGAUGCUCCACGGACCCUGACUGUAUCCAGCCAGGGCCGCUGAAGCCAAAGCUAAAGCUUUGAAUGGUAAAACCUAAAAGCGGGGACAGAGGCCGACUGGGGACAGAGCAGACGUUAUCUUUUCUUUAACAGCCGCGAUAGACAAAAUUAAAAGCAACACAUCAUUGUUGAAGGCUGCUAGAAAAGAACAUGUAAAUACGGCAGGGAAAUCAGAGGCAGAUCUUUCACACAAAUGAUGCUGCUCCGAUAACAACCCUUAUAUCUUUAGCACUUCAUUCUUUUCUUAUUCCUUCUGUUUUACCCCCUCCCAGUAAACACUUUUUCCUCAUUGUUUCUCUUACUUAUGUGGUUGUCUGGCCAGAGAAUGAACAGAGCUUCUAGAACGGUUCUUGUUCAUCAGCUCUGUGGUCAAUAGUUCAGUUGAAGUACAGUAGAAUACAUUUAUUUGACUCUAUAUAAUUCUCAGAUAGUGUCAUGAUCAAGGGAAGAAACUGAAAAAAUAUGCCAUCUUCCAUUGUCUGAGACGGUUACCUUCAAUAUUUAUUUGAACACUAGAAUGUAAAAGAUUAAUAUAUAUAUAUAUAUAUAUAUGUAUACAUUUGUUGGAGGCAGGCGGUAACGUUUGACGUUUAAAAUACUUGUAGAUAUUUAUAUUGGCGUGUACAGCAAUGUUGUUCUUGUGAUUGGUAUGUUGUGAUUAUCUGGUUCAUUUAUAAUGCAAUGUGAAUCUAAACUCUAUGUAGGCCUACGGUAUAUUGAAGUUAAAGCGAUAUUGUCGAUGCAGUGCUGCCAAUUGAUUAUUUAAAUGUGACAUUUACAAUUGCUGUCCCUUUUGUGAUAUGAUACAGAACACAGAUGAAAUGGCAGUGUGCCAUUAUGGACGGCAAUAAGCAAAUCUUUUUGAUGUUUAAAAAAAUGAGGACAUUAAAACCUCAAACAAAAUGAUAUUUAUUUGUGUUGUCUUUGCUGUCAUUAAGUUGCUGAGUGAAUAACCAUUAAUUCAUCACAUGGUUUGCAUUAAUUUGGUCCAAAGUAAUAAAACAAGAUGAUAUGAUGGUAUCAUAAAAGUAGACAUAUUUUUAUUAUUUGGUAUAAAACGAAAAUAUAAAUUAAACACCAGA